AUGGCGCUUCGCGGACCCCUCCGGCCGCGCAAAGUUCGCAGGAGGCGAGAGAUGCUGCCGCAGCAAGUUGGCUUCGUGUGCGCCGUACUGGCCCUGGUGUGCUGUGCGUCUGGCCUCUUCGGAAGCUUGGGCCACAAAACAGCUUCUGCUAGCAAACAUGUUCUGCCAGACACAUGGCGAAAUAGAAAGUUGAUGGCACCGAUAAAUGGAACUCCGCCUGCUAAGAACUGCACAGAUCCUGCGAUUCACGAGUUCCCUACAGACCUGUUCUCCAACAAGGAGCGACAGCAUGGUGCUGUCCUGCUACACAUCCUCGGUGCUCUCUACAUGUUCUACGCCCUGGCCAUCGUGUGUGAUGACUUCUUUGUCCCGUCCCUAGAGAAGAUCUGUGAGAAACUUCAUCUGAGUGAAGAUGUGGCUGGUGCCACCUUCAUGGCUGCAGGAAGCUCAACACCAGAGCUGUUUGCUUCUGUCAUUGGUGUGUUCAUCACCCAUGGAGAUGUUGGUGUGGGGACUAUUGUGGGCUCUGCUGUGUUUAACAUCCUAUGUAUCAUUGGAGUAUGUGGACUCUUUGCUGGACAGGUGGUGCGGUUGACAUGGUGGGCUGUGUGCCGUGACUCUGUGUAUUACACACUCUCUGUCGUCGUGCUCAUUGCGUUCAUAUACGAUGAGGAAAUUGUGUGGUGGGAAGGCCUCGUGCUCAUCAUCUUGUACGUGUUUUAUAUCCUUAUCAUGAAGUACAAUAUGAAGAUGCAGACGUUUUUCACAACCAAACAAAAGAGCAUUGCAAAUGGUAACCCAGUCAGCAGCGAGCUGGAAGAUGGUAAUGACCUCUAUGAUGGUAGCUAUGACGACCCUUCUGUGCCAUUGCUGGGGCAAGUAAAGGAGAAACCUCCCUAUGGCAAGACCCCCGUGGUGAUGGUAGAUGAGAUUCUGAGCUCCAGCCCUCCCAAGUUCACCUUCCCUGAGGCCGGCCUGCGCAUCAUGAUCACCAACAAGUUUGGACCCAGGACCCGACUACGGAUGGCCAGCAGGAUCAUAAUUAAUGAGCGACAGAGGUUGAUCAACUCGGCCAAUGGUGUUAAUAGCAAGCCACUGCAAAAUGGGAGACACGAGAACAUGGAGAAUGGAAAUGUCCCUGGGGAGAACCCUGAAGACCCACAGCAGGGCCAGGAGCAGCAGCCACCACCGCAGCCACCACCCCCAGAACCAGAGUCAGUAGAGACAGUCUUCCUGUCCCCCUUCUCAAUGCCUGAGGCAAAAGGCGACAAGGCUAAGUGGGUGUUCACUUGGCCCCUCAUCUUCCUCCUGUGUGUCACCAUCCCCAACUGCAGCAAGCCCCGCUGGGAGAAGUUCUUCAUGGUCACCUUCAUCACGGCCACGCUGUGGAUCGCCGUGUUCUCCUACCUCAUGGUGUGGCUGGUGACUAUUAUUGGAUACACGCUUGGGAUCCCUGAUGUCAUCAUGGGCAUCACCUUCCUGGCAGCAGGCACAAGUGUCCCAGACUGCAUGGCCAGCUUAAUAGUGGCAAGACAAGGACUUGGAGACAUGGCAGUCUCUAACACCAUCGGAAGCAAUGUGUUUGACAUCCUGGUGGGACUUGGCAUCCCGUGGGGCCUGCAGACCAUGGUUAUUAAUUAUGGAUCCACAGUGAAGAUCAACAGCCGGGGUCUGGUCUAUUCCGUGGUGCUGCUGCUGGGCUCCGUCGCUCUCACUGUCCUUGGCAUCCACCUCAACAAAUGGCGCCUGGACCGGAAGCUGGGCAUCUACGUGCUGGUCCUCUAUGCCGUCUUCCUGUGCUUCUCCAUAAUGAUAGAGUUCAAUGUCUUUACUUUCGUCAACUUGCCCAUGUGCCGAGAAGAUGACUAA